AUGAAAGAGAUGCCAGUAACCAUCGGUAAUCUAACAGUAGGAUAUUCCAUCGGUUGGGCGACGUCUAUCAUACCCAAGCUGAAAGAUCCAUUGCAAACCCCACUGCCGUACCUAAUCUUCGAAAACGAUGCGUCCUGUAUAGCGAACUCUAUGAUCAUUGGGGCUGUUGUUGGUUGUUUCAUAUCCGGCUUUAUGGCUAACAUGGUCGGUCGCAAACCGUGUCUGCUUCUUACACCUAGUUUCAACAUUCUCGGCUAUGCUUUCAUGGCUAAUGCUCUCAAUGUUAGUACGUUGAGGGUGGGAAGGUUCGUUGCUGGCAUGGCUGCUGGCUCCAUCCAUUUGAUCAACGUUGUUUACCUUGGUGAGAUUGCUUCACCAGAAAUCCGAGGUGCCCUGAUAGCCAUGGCCGGCAUCAUGCAUGUAUUUGGAAAUCUGGUAGUGUGUUCUCUGGGCUCGUACGUGUCUGUGAAAGCGGUGUGCUAUGUGUGCGUCAGUAUCAGCUGUGUGCAUGUGCUGGCAAUGUGUUAUGUGCCGGAAUCACAGGUGUAUCAAGUGAUGAGAGGUAAACUUAAUGAAGCACGACUCACUCUACACGAUCUAGGAAGAAGUGAAGACAUCGAUGAAGAAUUAAAACUCAUUUGUAAACAUAGCGACGAAGCGCUACUACCACCAGUACCACCAACGAAAGACGGCCAUGGAAAAGCAGCAAAAAGAUGGUUAAUAAAACUUGAGAGGAAGAACAUAAGAGGGUUUUACAUAACGACCGUUCUUCUUUGUCUGCAAGCUACGCGUGGGAGGAUAGCAGCGAUUUAUCUUGCAACUAUGAUUUUUAAAAGUUCGUUUUCUUCAGUGGACCCUGAUGUGGGGAAUGUUGUGCUUGUAUUGACAGAGUUUUGUGGGGUCAUCAUGACCCCUUUGCUGGUUGAGAGGUGUGGCCGACGCUUCAUGCUGAUGUUGUCGCUUGGUUUUUGCUGUUUGUUUAUGGUGUAGGCAUCGUACCAAACAUCUUAAGCAGUGAGAUGUACAGCCCGCCCUUCAGAAGUCCCUGUUCUUCCAUCUCCAUGAGCUUGGCGUGGUUGGUGCUCUUGCACAGCUGGAAGUUCGAACAUCUUGUCACAGAGAUCUUUAGCCCUGGAAUCUUCUUCGUCUGUGCUGGUAUCAACGCUAUGGGCAUCUUUUUUGUAAUAUUCGUCGUGCCUGAAACGACCGGGAAGAGUUUGAAAGAG